CUUCUUGGACGAUAUUUAGAAGUAUUAAAAUCAAUAGAACCGGCAAUACAAGAAUUACAAAUGCUAUUUGACCCGAAAUAUUAUGAUAUUGCUAUAAAAGCAGUAAAUAUAAUUGCUAAAUAUAAUGAAGACACAGAAUCAUAUGAUAUACCAUAUAAUGCUACAGCUAUGGGCACAUGUUUAAAAAAAUUAUGUAAGAUCUUAAUCAACGAAUUUAUUAAACAACAUGAAUACGAAAAACAAAAAUCAGCAAAAAAUUUUCUAAAGAUUUUAGAAGUCGAAUAUGGUAGUACCGUUAAUAAAACAGUUACAGAAAUACAGACUAGAAACAGUCGAAAGAAAAAAGUUAAUCUUCCGAAAACAUCAGAUAUCAAAAAGUUAACCAAUUAUUUAGAAGAAAUAAGAGUAUCUAGCAUGCGAGAAAUAAAAAAUAAAUUCACGUUUUGUGCUUGGAAAUCACUUGCUGAAGCAAUAUUAAUAAUGAUUCAAAUUUUCAAUCGGCGACGUGCAGGAGAGAUAGAAAGAGCUUACAUUGUUGAUUACAAAAAUUUCAUAAAAAUUACAAAAGAGGAUGAAUUAUAUAAAAGGUUACCACAAAAAGAAAAAAUAUCUGCUUUAAAGUACAUUCGUUUCACAAUUCGUGGCAAGCUAAAUCGGAACGUCCCAGUCCUUUUGAAUGCUAAAAUGAAAGAGGCUUUAGACAUAAUUUUAAGAUAUCGGAAAUUGGCAGGAGUAAGUUCAAAAAAUCCAUAUAUAUUUGGAUUGCCAGGUGCAGAUAAAAAACGAUUUAGAUAUUUAAGAGCGAGUAAAUUGAUGCGUGAAUUUGCUAAUCUAUGUGGAGCAGAGAACAAAGAAAGCUUACGUGGGACUAUUUUACGGAAAGACAUGGCAACAAAAUGUUCACACUUACCAGAUAGUGAAAUUUCUCUCAUUGCUGAUUUUAUGGGUCACCAUAAGGAUAUACAUAAAAAUAUUUACAGACAGCCUGUAGUAGAAUCUGAUAUUUUAAAUAUGGCCAAAAUUUUAGAGAAAACUCAAGAUAUAUCUACACAUAACACUGAUAUUGACACUACUAAUAAUACAAAUACUAAUACUACUAAUUCAAACAGUACAACAGAUGCUAAUACUUCAGAGAAUAGUAUUAACGAAAUUCAAAGCUUAGUUGAAGACGAAGCAUCAGAGAAUAAUUUGCCAAAGAAAAUUUUGCUAAAACAAAAAAAUGUAAAAAAACGCGCCAUAGAAAAUAUAAAUAAUUCAGAUGAAGAAUGUGCGCCAAAAAAGAAACGAUUCACACCUCCUUACGGAAAGACCAGAAGAAUACGUUGGACUUCUGAAGAAAAGCAAACAGCUUUAUUACUCUUCGAAACGAAUAUUAAUAAUUCUACUUUACCUUCGUUAAAGGAAAUAAUAUCCAAAACGCGCAAAAACAUUUUGAAAAAUCGACAGCCAGCAGCAAUAAAAACUUGGAUACACAAUCAAUUUCGCAAUAAAAUAUAAAUGUCAUUAAAUAAAAGAAAA